AUGAAUGAAACAUUUUUCAUUCUCUCUCCUACUGCCACCACUUCUUCUUCUUCUUCUUCUUCUUCUUCUGAGCCCAACCUACUGCAGGUACGAACGAAUACGUUUUUUAACUUGACUUACAAAUUCAAAUAUUUUAUUCACUGGCGGCGCACUAAUAAACUAACAGAAUUCGCGAGCUGCUGACCAAGUUGUAGGUGUGUGUAUGUGUGUGCGCUAUCUCAAUUUUUCGUAGAGACUCGCUCAUAAUCAGUCUUGACUGAUGCUCCUAUCUGUCAUUCAUAUUCUGAUAAGACAUGCAAUCGUGUCCUGAUCAAAUUUUGAGAGUAAUCUUUCAAUCCUCUUUUCAACCAACGUGUUUUGCGUCUUACCCCUUGACCUUUGUCCUCCCCAUUUGCUUUUACCCCACAAGUGAAAAGUUGGUUUGCUUUUCUUUUCCACAAACAAUAUUGGGACUGAUUUUUACAGAAUGCAAAGGUAAUGUACGACGUCAUUCGGGAACUUGCCAUUGGUGGCAUUGACAACUCCAUUCAAGGAAAUGGCGGCGAAGAAUGCAUGAAUGUGAGAAAAACAUAAAAACCCCAAGGCGGGCGUCAACAAUCGCUUCCUUUUUUAGUAUCUUCCGUCUUGGCAAAGGUUUUUGGAGUCGAUCAUCUUUAUUCCUCUCUCAUUUUGGGCCGCCUACGUGUCGAUUCCGCUCGACUGCUCCUUUACUCUCCCCGUUCGAAACGUGUCCAGAUAUGUGAUACUCACCGUAUAUAGUCUUAUCUUUGGCGCAGAGCUCGCUUACAAAAUGAUUUCAAGGUAUCCCAAUAAAAAAGACCUUGCUAAAAAAUUUGUUUUCUUUCAGGACCGGCAUUUUCUUGCUCAACCCUUGCCACGUAACCACCACAAUGCAACUCACGCUGCUCACAAUGGAGGGCAAUUCAAAGUGAGUUUCGUUUCUUCCUCUCCCUCGUGCCAUAAUCAAAUCUUCUCCAGAAAAGCCUGCUUCCUCUUCCGACUGAUGCUCUAUUUCAUGCCCGGUGCCUGGUUCGCGUUGGCGUUUCCAAUUCUGAACACGAGAAAUGUAAAAGAGGGGAUUUGUGGAAUCUACUGCAAAUUCAAUUUUGCAGCUGCCAGGAGAAGUGUUUAUCUAUUACGCGCAACACGUCGCCAUUCUUGUGGUCCCACUGUAUCUCAUGUACAUUCAAGGAGCUUUUGAACCGGAAAAACCGUACGACUUCGGAUGGACCGUCUUCGGAAUCUCGCUCUUUUCACUUUGGCACUUUGUGAUUCUGCAAUUUGGAGCUAUGGUAAGCAGAGGAAUUUCAGAACUAUUCAAACUGAAUAAAUAUGUACUUUAAAUUUUCAGAUAACUCGAGUGAACUUGAACAACAUAAUGUGCCCGGCGGUGUCUGAUCCUUUCCAAUCCCGUGCUUACCGUAUUAUUGCCGUUGGUCACCAGUGCAUUCUUAUCCCGAUUCUUUCCAAAACAUACUCGGCUAUGUCCCUGACAGCCGUCGAUUUCUACAAGAGUCUGUAUGAAACCAACCCUGCCCAAUCCUCCAGGAAGAUGUGCGAAAUGAACGAAACUGACAACACAAUCUGUUUAAAACCUGUCAAAUUAAAGCUCUAGUCAUACUUAGUCACUUCUUCGCUUUCAUUUAUUUGUUUUUUUUCUUCUUCUCCGUCUAUUUGCUCUGCUCGGACCACACCAACGUUCCCCAACUUUCCUGUGAUACAAUUCAUUUUUAUUUUUGCUACUGUUAGGCUUCUCCUUCCCUUUUCUGAAUAAACAUCUUGCUUGUUUUUGCAAUUACGCGUGGGAGGACCAAGAUUUCGGGAUACUAAUCGAGUUGUGGACGGCCGCCAAAAGUCGCGCGCGGGCCAUGAAUUCGUGCAAGGCAUAUUCUGUAGUCUUCCUCUCAUCUCUCUCCAAGUUUUCAUUACAUCCGGCAAAGCUUUGCUUUACAAACGACAAGUGAUUAAUUUGAUAUGUUUCUAAUUAUCGCGCGUCCCGUGUCGUGCUCUGUGAGAGCAUAAACUCAAGCGAUAAAGUUGAAAAACGAGACGAUAAUGUUAGCGAGUCGAGCCGGAGGAACAUACAUAAGCCAUCAAGUCGACAUGUGUGUGUAACAGUGGAAUGAGUGAAAGGCUUGGCUCGGCAACGCGAAGAGUCAUCUCUCUUUUCGUGGAUCUAUCCCAGUAGGUGAAGCAGUAUUGGCCAGUUGCCGACGACCGCACCUGUCAGUCGAUCUUCAUAAUAAUCGGCGCGGCCCUUUCGGUUGUAAAUUUUUAACCGCCAUCUCAUCAGUUUCCGAGCCAUCACAUCUAACACCCUCGUUUUUUUCUCUGUUUCUGAGCUCCUUCCGAGCUUUUUUGAACGAGUCUCUUGGAGCAAGACCGCUCGGACCUGCGGCCGGCUCCAAAUUGUUUAUCAUUUAUCUCGUCGUUGGCGCCGCCAAGACAAAUUGUGGUCGCAGCAAUUUGUUCGUUCAGAGGAAACGCUACCGCUGUUACACCGAUCAUUUUUUGCCACUCGAUUGAUACUCGCUUCCACGUAGACGGUACUCUGCAAAAAGAUUCUUGUCAAAAACUGACUCAAUUCUUCGUUACUUUGCUCUGCCCUUUCUGUAAUUUGAGUACUUUCACGCUGUUAAACUCGAUGGAGGCAGAGAAUGAUAAACUUCCGCUGAGAAACGUUUCUCUUAUUCUCAAUUCCUUCCUUCGAACGUGUCACUGACCCUCUAUUCGUUUUCAGACAUUCCUCCAAUGUGGUUACCACAACGGAUUCCCCGUCGGUUCUUGAUAGUACUUAUUUCAGUUAUUAGUGAGUUCAAUUCAAAAGUCUUCUAAAAUUCUUAAAUAUUUUUCAGAUAUUCUUAGUGUACAAGCUAACAAACAUGUAUCUCAACUACUAGAAACUCUUCUGACAGAUUAUAAUAAGGUUGUGCGACCAGUUCACAAUGCGUCGGAUGCAUUGAAAGUCAAGUUCGGAGCUAAUUUGUGUAGGUUGAUCGAUGUUGAUGAAGUGAAUCAAGUCGUGACAACAAGCCUAUGGCUGGAAAUGGUAAUCUGACAUACACGUUUUCAUGGUAAUAAGAUUUUGCAGCAAUGGUAUGACAAAAAGCUCACUUGGAAUCCGAAUGAUUGGGGAGGGGUGGAGUAUGUGCACAUUCCAUCGGAUCAAAUAUGGGUUCCUGAUAUUGUUCUUUAUAACAAGUAAGUUCUACCAGACAAUUGAUCGGCUCAAGAAGGUUUUCAGUGCUGACGGAGAACCACAUAUCACGAUUACAAGUCUCGCGAAGAUAGAUCAUCACGGAAGAGUCGUCUGGCAACCACCAUCUAUCUAUAAAAGUUUCUGUUCGGUAUUCCACUUUUUAUUACUUUGUUUUGCCCAAUCACCGUUUUUUCUCAGAUCAACAUCAAAUACUUCCCCUACGACUUUCAAGAAUGUGAAAUGAAGUUUGGCGGUUGGACAAAUGACGGAGAGACACUUGACUUGUAUCAAAUUCCCGUCGAUGUCAACGAUGUUCCGCAGGUGAAGCGACAAGAAGAUGGCGUCGAGUUCCUCUAUCUCGAGAAGGGACUUGGACUCAGUUUUUAUCACGAGUGAGCUGCAAACACAUCGUGUUCAAAUUAUUUUUUAUUGGCCUGUCUGUUCAGAAGCGCCGAAUGGGAUUUGCUCAGCGCCACUUCAUCGCGUUAUGCUCAGAUCUAUCCCGGAUGUUGUGGACAGCAGUAUUACAUCGACAUCAAGUGCAUACUCUCGGUUUUAAUGAGCAUAUCAACGCAUUUUUCAGAUAUCGCAUCAAACUUCGUAGGAAAGCCAUCUUUUUCACAGUGACACUUACAAUUCCCUGCAUGUUGAUCGGUGCGUACAAGUUCUUGCACAUGUCUGCGACGACGCUUUCAAUUUUCAGCCAAUGUAACGCCAUUUGUCUUCCUCAUCCUUCCAAAUGAGCACAAAAUGACAUACUCGAUCUCAGUACUUGUCGCAUUUUCCGUGUUCUAUUUAGUUCUCAUCGAUUUGAUUCCUCCGACAUCUCUUUCUUUAUCACUUAUUGGUAUCCUCACUCGUGGUCUCGAAAAAACAAAGCGACACUGAAAAUUUAGGUGUAUACUUGCUUUUUACACUUCUCAUGGUCUCAGUCUCUAUCAUUCUGUCCGUUGUGACCAUCAACAUGUACAGAAAGUAGGUUUUCUCGAUUAGUUGGCUAAAAAAAGUAAAAAUGCAAUUUCAGGCAAGCAUUUUCAUCCGAAAUGACUCCCUGGCAGAGAUGGCUGUUCGUGCAACACCUUCCGAAGCUGCUCCGCUUGAAAACUUUAGAGCAUACUUUGGAAGGGGAGGAAGGAAGUGAAACUACGACUCCGCGCACUGGAUCUGUCUCCGUCACGGCGUCAGUCACUCAGAAGGCGUCGAAUCCCAACAACACGUCACCGGUUUUCGCUCCUCAACGAUUGAGACUACUCAGUCUUGUUCAAGUUAUCGGAAAUUCUCAAAAUUCAGAGCGUAAAUUUUUUCUGCAGAUGGACGAAGCUCUGAAACAACGAUGCGCGGCCGACAACUUGGACCUUUUCCGCAAAAUAGCCGGUCAUUUGAAAAUCAUUUCCGCCCACUUUCACAAUCAACAAAUGGAAAGCAAGGUAUUCUUAUCAGUGCCACAUUUCGAAAUGCCUUUCAUUUCUGCUCGUUUACUCAGAUAACUGACGAGUGGCAGCUAAUGUCACUGGUUAUCGAUCGGAUAUUCUUGAUAUUAUACCUCGUGAUCAGUAUGGCAGCUAAUAUUCUGUUCAUCUACAAUUCUCCAACGCUAUUCGACGAUCGGCCUUCAUUGGUUCCAACAAUUGCUCACAAACCAUUGAGCGGCGGCACAAUAAACGUUUUGAACACGUGAAAGCAGCAAAACACCUGUUGUUUCUGUUUGUAUGUAUUUAUCAGAUAAUGAAAUUCUCACUUUUCCCCACUUGUUUUCCUCGGUCGUUCCGCAAUCCGCGCGAGCGAAAGCAAAAACAGAACUGGAAUGGAUAAUCCGUCAUGGGACGCGCAAAGUGUGCAAACACGGCGACGGAUAACUGCGGACCCCCUCGGGUCGCCCUCAUGUCCUCGCACGGCGUGUCUUGCGAUGUAUAUCUAUUCCCUUCACUUUUUUGCCUCUUCUUUCGCUCCGCUGUUCGUUCGCAACUAAUUUUUGUUUUAUCUUCAGAUGAAAUCUAGUACAUCAGAUUUUUUGACCGAUGUACAGACUGUAAAUAUUGUCAUCAAACAGGUUUGUUUUUCGUUUUUAUUUUCAUUUUUGCUCGCGAUUUUUGACGAGAAACAUCAACUCUUUUUGUAGAUAGGACCAAAUAAAUCAUUACCGGCGUUCAAAAGAAUUGUGGAAAGAUGUUCGAGACAACGGGUCAUUCAAGUGUCCGACAAUCCGCGCCGACUUUUCCAUUGCUCGUUUAUCCAAUCCUCCUCAUACACGGAAUUUAGCGAGCUGCAGGUGUGUUUUACCGAUUACUCGUAUCGAAAAUCAGAAAAACAUUUUCAGCAACAUCGUCGGGUCUUCGCCGUCAUCGGAGUCGCGUUCACCAAUGGACAAGGUGAGCCGGAUCGAUCGGCGAGAGCUUCGCGGGAAUCGACAGAUUCGGAGAUUAGCGAGCCCGAGCAGAUUGCAAGCACGUACAACAAACUAAAGGCAGAUUACUCGAAUAUCAUUUGUGGGCGAUGCAUUCUGAUCGGCGGCAAGGAUGUGAGUUUGACGACGAUUCCCAAUCGCAGCUAGUUUGCAAAAAGUUUCAGGAAGACUUCAACGGAAUUGAGAGACACGAGCGUCUUUGUUUUCCGAGUUUGGAAGAGGCCGGCCAACUGGAAAGUGCCGUGCGGGAAUUAAUGAGAGCUAUUUAUAUAGUUAUCGAGAUGAAAAGAGUUGAUGUUUCGUUUGAGAAAAAGGUUGGUUUUAGUGUAAAGGGAUUUUGGUCUGUUGGAAGUACAAACUUUGCAAUAUUUACAGCAGGAUAUCCCAUGCCCGUCUCUACCUGAUGAAAGUCGCUGGCAAAUUGGAGUUGAAGCGAAGAACACUAAAAACUUCAAGUGAGAUCAAAAAUGUCUUCCUGCAACACAACUUCCCUUUUCCAGGAAAAAGUGUCUCGGACGAUGCAGAAAACAACAUGCCGACUACUGCCUGCUCACCGGCCUUCCUCAACUCGCUCUCGAAGCCUACGAAGGAGCAAUCGAAAGCCUGAAAUCGGCGCAAGAUCAUCUGUGGCUUGCUGGUAUGCCUCUAUCCAUGUUUGAUCGUCUCGUAAACUUUCACUUCAGCCGCAUAUGAUGGCUGGGCAAGUACAGUUUGCAUCCUCCAUGCGGAACAGAUGGGCGAGAUCAAUUGUGGCGCGUUCCAUCGUGUCGCCAGUAUGCAUGCCAUGUUUACGAUUCCAUCAAUUGAAAUCAAUACACAGAGCGGCGAUAAUUUGUCCGUAUCGAAUGACAGCGUACUCAGGUAACACUGAGAGCAAGAUAGUGAUUGACACAAAAACUCUUUUCAGUUCUCCGCAGGGACACAAGAGGCACCACUCGGAUGAACACAUCCGAAUUUCAUCACCAAUAUCGAAUGGUAUCGAGAGAAACGAGUCAUUUGGAAAUGAAAGUGGAAUAGUCAGCAACGGGAGCUCGCCGUCGAUCAGAGAAGAGACCACGAAAGUGAAAGCCUCAAAAGGACUGAAUCCUCUUUCCAGUUUUCUUAGCGAUAGGUUAAUAACGUCCACAUCUCCUGUUUAAUUCAACUUUUGAACGUUCAGACGUGAAAAACCGACAAAAGAACGGGUCAUGGAAAAUUUCAAGAAUGCCAUAGACGAGUUCUCCAAGUACACGCUUGCCGGGUGGCUGGAAUACGAGACAGUUAUGCGAGCGAUUAUGUACUUAAUCCUCGAGCGAGAAUACAUUAAAUUAGAGCAGUUCCAUCGGGAUUAUACGGGAAAAUAUCUGGAUGACUCGAAUACUUUCAUGGAUCAUCGCAUGAAAGCGCAGAUUUGUCUGAAUUCUGCUGCAAUGUACAAAGAGGUGAACACAUUUUCGUCAGUACUCUUUUCAACAUGUAUUUCAGAUUGGAUUCUUGCGAAAGCAGGCAUUCUACGCAAGACUGAGUGUUCUCUUCGAACUUCAUGUGACCGAGGGCCGUGUCCGUCAGCCCGGCGAUUAUAAAACUGUUUAUCCAGUUCUUUUCAAGUGCGCCACUCAGCAUUCAACAUGCAACAGUAACUGGUGUCUUUCAGAACGUUGGAAGGGUAUGGAGUGGAGUUGGGAGAGCCGCAUGACAUGAAAAACAAGCGAUUGGGUCCUGUCAAACUUCAAAUCAAGUCUAUCCACGAGAUAUUCACCGCCGCCAAUCGUGCAGGUCACCGCGAUGCGGCUAUUCGUCACCUCUGUUUUCUGCUUCAGGUUUUGAUUAGGAAACUAUCUAUAGAAAAUUGAAUUGAAUGUGUUCAGGUAUACUUCCCGCACCUCGAGAGCUCUAUGAUCACUCGACUCUUCGAUGAUCUCGAUAACCUUGUGAGAGCCACUAAUCUCGUCCACCAGUUGAAUCAAACGAUCGUUGUCGACGACGGGAAAAUUAUUAUCCCGGGACUACAACUCACCCGAUUCCCGAUUAUUCAGUGAGUUUUGUCUUAUCCAAAUCCUCAUUUCGAUGAGAUCUGUGUUCUUUCCAGAAAUCCUACGGUUCUUGCUCUUCAGCCAAACCUGGCACCAACAAUUGUCCCUAACAAGUGUCAAGCAUCGAUUUUCAUCUAUACGCCGUUUGCAAAGAAAACUGACAAUGGUGAGGAAAUGACAACAAAUGACAUCAAUCAUGUCCACUUUGCAGCACUCCUGUGGGUGACGGAUUGUCCGGGAGAAGUGGAAGUGACCGUCAAAAACUGCCGUGGUCUGGAACUCGUCGUUAGGGAUUUGUGCUUGAUUGUCGAGGGAGUUAAUUUUGAACCGGUGCAAGCACGUCUGAUCCUCCCGCCUGAGGACCAGGAGCACAACACUGGAUCAACUUUGCGACUGCUAGGAGUCCCCCGGUUUGCGUUCACUGUGAAUCUUCUCAAUUAACCUUCGUUUUUCAGAGAACCAGGAGAUCUAUUCAUCACCGGAUAUUCGUGCAACGUGUUUGGUCUUCACAACGAGUGCCGAUUCCUCUCGCACAACAGCUCAAAACCGAACAAGAUCCGUGUGAAAGUGCUGCCUAAAUUAGCGAAAUUGUACUUGGAGUGCUCGCUUCCUCGCGCUCCCAUUCAAGAGGAGAAUGACGAACCGUCGGCGGAGGCCGUCGUCUACUCGGGACAACGUUUUGCUCACACAGUCACAGUGGUCAAUGACAGCGAUAUUCCCGUCCGUUACUGCGGAGCCAAGAUCUGGCAGCCCGUUGUGCAGGGAGGACCUCCUCUGAUCAGUUUGGACGAAACGGAGAGACAUGAUCCGGAACUGGAAGGAUUCGACAUUGCAGACGAUCUCUCCAGUUUCAUAUUGGAACCACAAGGACGGAGAGAACUGAAGUUCCAUGUGUUUGGAAUUGACCCCACAUCCACGGCUGACGACUUGAGUGACGAAGAGAAAGUUCUGGAAAGUGUGGUCCCACUGGCCACCACCCAGGCGAUUCCGAGUUCCGAGUCCGAAGCGCACGAUAUGGACUUGAUUCCAUUCACAGGCCGUCUUCUCACCGGGGAAUUCAUCGUGAGGUACCACUCGGACAUCACAUGCGAGGACGGAAACUCUUUCGAGCGCAAGUGCAAACUGCCUAUCGCAAUUUCCAUCAUUCCCGCAGUGACCGUGUCGGCGUGGCAUGUGCUCCCAGGAGAUAGCCCCUUCUCAAGGUUUGUCGCGCGAUUUGUCAAAGUGCAAACGUUGAGGGGUCACGCUUUUCCAGAUAUAUUGUCGUGGAUGUCACCAACAGCACUGAUCACGAUGCCGAAUUGGUUUACAGCAAUUCUCGGCACAUGAACGUGCUCCCAAAAGAAACUUGCAGGCAAGAGCCAUGAACGGGAAGGAAACAGCCGCUCAUCAAAACCUUUCAGAGUUCCAAUUCUGUCGCCGUGCUGUUCUGACGUCACCGGGGCGGCAUUUCAUCAAGCCAAACAACGCGGGAGUCAUAUGAUGCAGAAAAUUGAAACGGAAAGACUCCGUUUGAUUCUUGAGAAUCAUGUUUCCAAGCAUCUCGACAUCCGUUGGAAAAUACCGACAUUAGAUGUAAGUAGAUUAUAUUAUAGCCAACAUAAUAAUUUUUUGUUUGUGUCAGCUCGACGGUCAAGUCCCUGUUGGCUCACUUCUUUCGUCGGUGUCGCUCUUGAAGCAACUUGUCCUUCCCGCCAUCAGUCUUGGUAUUUAGUUUUCGGAUUGAAUUAAAACAAAAGUGACCAUUUCAGAUUUCCUGGUCAAUGGAAAUCAGUACGUCAGUGAAGACGACGUGGCUGUCGGAAUCGGGCAGUUUGUCACCGUUGAAGUAGCGAUCAUCUCCUCGUUAUCCAGUGAGUUUGAAAGUUUUGAAAACCCACAUCAUGCGUCGUUUCAGCCGUUUACAACGGAAUUCUCUCAUUGGAAUGCGAACAAGAGAUCUCCCACCUGCUCGGAUCAAACAAUAUCACCAACUACAUGCUUGUCGCUGGAGAAAAAAAGAUUCCGUUCAGUGUGGAGGUGAGUCCUAGUUCGAGACGAUGUUAACUAUCGAGUUUUUGUUUUCAGAAAGAGCAAAAGCAAGUAGCCACGUUCAGUCUGACAUUCAUCGUCGAAGGAAGUUUCCGUGUGCGCCCUCAGAUCACCCCGGCUCCCGGCCAGCACGCUCUGCUCCCGGAGGACAUGUUCGCUACGCCGGUCGCUUUCAGUGUCUCUACCAAAUUUUAG